CGGGACGGGACGGGGCAGACAGGACGGGACGGGAGCGGUCCUAGGUUCGCACGGCGGGAGCGUCCCCGCACCUGCUAUCCCGUAUGCGCUGCGCCCAGAGCAGCGCUGCCGCUGCGGAGCCCUAAGCAAAGCCAAGCGCCCUUCGCCGCCCCCGGGGGGCUGCUGGCGGGCCAUGGCGGUGGCAGGCACCGAGCUGCCCGGCGGCAACGUCAGCGCCAACCAGAGCGCCGCCGACCCCACGGUGUCGCGGGACGUGUGGAUGGUGGGCAUGGGGAUCCUCAUGUCUCUGAUCGUGCUGGCCACCGUCUUCGGCAACGUGCUGGUGAUCACUGCCAUCGCCCGGUUCCAGCGCCUGCAGACUGUCACCAACUACUUCAUCACCUCGCUGGCCUGUGCUGACCUGGUGAUGGGGCUGGCCGUGGUGCCCUUCGGCGCCUGCCACAUCAUCAUGGAGAUGUGGCAGUUUGGGAACUUCUGGUGUGAGUUCUGGACCUCCUUGGAUGUGCUCUGUGUCACGGCCAGCAUUGAGACCCUCUGUGUCAUUGCUGUGGACCGGUACUUCGCCAUCACCUCCCCUUUCAAGUACCAGAGCCUGCUGACUAAGAGCAAGGCGCGCAUGGUUGUCCUCAUCGUGUGGGUGGUCUCAGCCCUCACCUCCUUCUUGCCCAUCCAAAUGCACUGGUACCGGGCAGACCAUGCAGAGGCCAUCCAGUGCUAUGAGAAGGACACAUGUUGUGACUUUUUCACCAACCAAGCCUAUGCCAUUGCCUCCUCCAUCAUCUCCUUCUACGUGCCACUCAUCAUCAUGGUAUUCGUGUAUGCCAGGGUCUUCCAGGUGGCCAAGAAGCAGUUGCAGAAGAUAGACAGGAGCGAGGGGAGGUUUCACACCCAGAACAAGGAGCAGGAGCAGAAAGGGGGAGCUGGGUACCGCCGUGCCUCCAAGUUCUUGAAGGAGCACAAGGCCCUCAAGACCUUGGGCAUCAUCAUGGGCACCUUCACGCUGUGCUGGCUGCCAUUCUUCAUUGUCAACAUCGUGCACGUCAUCCAGGACAACAUCAUUCCCAAGUACGUGUACAUCCUCUUGAACUGGCUGGGCUAUGUCAACUCUGCCUUCAACCCUUUGAUCUACUGCCGGAGCCCGGACUUCAGGUACGCCUUCCAGGAGCUCCUGUGCUUCCGCAGGUCUGCCCUGAAGAUGUAUGCCAACGGCUACUCCAACAGCAACGACAGGGGCGACUACAACGAGGAGGAAAACGGCUACCCCCUGGCACCGGAUAAAACCUGCGACUUGCUCUGUGAAGAGGGUUCCUUCCCUCACCCCGAGGACUUUUUGCACUGCAAAGAGAUCCCUGGGUGUCCAGGAAUGGUCAAGAGUUGAAUGGACCAACCUCUCUUCCUCACCAUCCUGAGCUCAUGAGGGCUCUGAAGAGAUUGAGUGGGAGCACAGCCUUGCUUCCCUGAGCCUGGGGAUGCUGUGGGAAGUGAUUGCCUUGGCAAAUGUCUUCAUCCUAACCCAUAGCCCAUCGUGCAUCACCUGAAGAAGAAGCUGGUGAAAGAUAACCAGGGGACCAGGAAAGGCUCUGCUAGCCUUGGAGG